UUGCUUACGCGAAAAAAUGGCUGCGGCCUGUUUGGCCGUUGUUUGCAGAAGAGUCUCAGCAGUCCUGAAGGCUUCCAGGCCGUUAAUAAGUCCUCAGGCCCCUGCUGGCACAGGUUGCAGAUUUUCUCUUAGUCUGUUGCUUAAGAGUACACCAAAUGUCACAUCUUUUCACCAGUGUAGAUUACUUCAUACCACGUUGUCGAGGAAAGGGCUGGAAGAAUUUUUUGAUGACCCAAAGAAUUGGGGGGAAGAAAAAGUGAAAUCUGGAGCUUCAUGGACCUGUCAGCAAUUAAGAAACAAGAGUAAUGAAGAUUUACAUAAACUUUGGUAUGUCCUACUGAAAGAAAGAAACAUGCUUCUAACUCUAGAGCAGGAGGCCAAGCGGCAGAGAUUGCCAAUGCCAAGUCCGGAGCGGUUAGAAAAGGUAGUAGAUUCCAUGGAUGCAUUAGAUAAAGUUGUCCAGGAAAGAGAAGAUGCCCUGAGACUUCUUCAGACUGGUCAAGAAAAGGCUAGACCUGGUGCUUGGAGAAGAGACAUCUUUGGAAGAAUCAUCUGGCACAAGUUCAAGCAGUGGCCUAUACCUUGGUACCUAAAUAAAAGAUACAAUAGGAAACGAUUCUUUGCGAUGCCCUAUGUGGAACGUUUUACCAGACUGAGACUUGAGAAACAAGCCCGCAUCGAAGCAAGGAAGAAAAGUUUAGAGAAAAAGAAAGAACAAUUUCUUCAGGAAAAGUUUCCACAUCUUUCUAAAGCCCAGAAGUCAAGUCUUGUCUAAGAUGUCUGAACUCUUAAUUUACCAUUUGGUUUUUCUUGGAUAACAGUCUAUAUACAAAAGUAAAUAUAUAUUAAGUGGUUUAUAA